AUGGCCUCGGAACUUACGACUAGCACGACUCGUCCUCAGCCUGUAGCUAUCCAGACCUCAAUACCCGUCGCCACUUCAAGCAAAGUCCCUGGCUCACCCAUCAGUGCAACAUCAUCGACAUUUCCCCAGGUUGUACCUGAUGUCGCGUCUCAGACAGGACGUAACUUGAUUCUGUGUUUUGAUGGGACGGGAGAUCAGUACGAUCAAGAUAACUCGAACAUUGUUAGGUUUGUUCAGUUGUUGAAGAAGGAUGACAAGUCCAAACAAAUGGCAACUGGCAUCGGAACGGGUGUCGGACUUAAGCCAACCAACAAGUUUGUCUCAAAGGUAUCUCAGGCAGUCGACAUGGCCUUGGCUACGGGUCUGUCCAUCCACGUCCGAGCUGGUUACGAGUUUUUGAUGCAAAAUUAUUCCGAGGGGGACAGAAUCUCUUUGUUUGGUUUCUCUCGGGGAGCGUACACCGCCCGGGCACUCGCGGGAAUGUUGCACAAGGUUGGAUUACUUCCUGCCUACAACCAUGAGCAAGUUCCAUUUGCCUACAAGAUGUUCAAACGUGAUGACCCAGAAGGAUGGAAAAUGUCCAAUGGAUUCAAGCGAGCUUUCUGUACCGAUGUUAAAAUCGAUUUUGUUGGCGUAUUCGAUACUGUAAACUCUGUUGGGAUAAUCCCCCGCGAACUCCCGUUUGCUAAAACCAACUACCUCAUUCGUGUUUUCAGGCAUGCUGUAGCAUUAGACGAGCGUCGGGCCAAGUUCAAGGCUAACAUGUGGGGUCGGGCUACGGAGGAAGAGGAAAUGCUUGGCGCCGCUGGGAAACGAGGAAUCUAUAUCCGAAAAAAGACAUUGAGCGGGGUUAAUAUUUCCAGCUUUGUCAAAGGGUGGGAGGAGUUUGUUGACCGGGUGAAGGUGGACCAUGGCAAGGACAAGGACGGGAAAGCGAAGGAAAAGCAGGCAGGCAAACAAGAGAAGACCACCGAUGUGGUGGAGGAGAGAGCUGACCAUGAUGUCGAAAAGGAUGAGGACGAAAAGAGUGGACAUCAUGAAUCUAUUCCGGAUGUUAGCCACCACGGAGGGCAGGACUGCAGUACCCCGGAGGAACGAGAGCAUGAGACUGAUGUGAAAGAGGUCUGGUUUGCAGGCGCCCAUUGCGAUGUAGGCGGCGGCUCAGUCCUCAACGAGACAAAGAAUCACCUCGCUCGUAUUCCACUGCGCUGGAUGGUCCGCGAAUGCUUCCUUAACAACACCGGCAUCCUCUUCCAUUCCACCGAGUUGGCAGAAAUUGGACUUAGCCCAUGUUCACUCUGGCCUAUUGUCAAAAUUCCUACUCCCCUACCUCCCCUACCUACCUCCGAGUUGAAGCACGAGUUAGAUCCAACAGACGGAACGUUGGUCGACAGUCCUCCUUCGACACCGCUUCCCGGAAACCCCCUCCUUCCACUCGCUCAUUUGACUCUUGGAUCGAAUGAAGAUGCGAACGAUGCGAUCACUCCGAUCUACGAUCAGCUCACGAUCGCCAAGUGGUGGUGGAUCUUGGAAGUUAUGCCAUUGCGACAGCGGUACCAGCGCCAUGACAAAACGUGGAGGACCUGGUUCGAGAUAAACAUGGGGCGUUCUCGUAAAAUCCACGGCCAGAAACGCUUCCCGACCUACGUCCAUCGGUCUGUCCUGUACCGCAUGCAAGAACUAGGAUACGUCCCCCGAGCUGAACUCUUGGCGAAUCCAAGCCCGAUUUGGGUUGAUUAA